UCCACCUUCCACAACGUCAGAACCCAGCGGGAGCAUCGCCGCGGCGGCCACUGAUCAGCCUCCUAGAAUUGCUUCGCCGGCCGCGUCGCCGUCCAAGGCAUCUGGAGCCCGAGUUAUGAAGUUUUAUCUGCGUGGGGUCGCCUACUUAGUCCAAAAAGAGAACAACGUCAGGGAAACAACACAGAGAAAAAAAGAGAGACAUAAGCGACGACGACGACGAAAGGAGAUGAAAGGGGUGAUGAUGGAGGCGACGAAUGAAGAUGGAGGCGAUAGAGAUGGGGUUGGAGGCGACAAUCGCGAUGUAAGUGACAUUAGAGGCGACGAUCACGAUGGAGAUGGAGUCAGCGAUGGCAAUGAGGUGGCGACGGUGACGGAUGGAAAUGGAAGAGGUGACAGAAGGAGAUGGAGGCAACAACGAUGGAGUUGGCGACGGCUAUCAUGGAGGAGAUGGAAGUGGUGACGAGAAAGAGAUGGGGAAGGUAGAGAGUUUUGUAAUGUUUUAUAAUAGUUGAAAAUAUAAUAGAUGUUAAAAUUAUAAAAUACUUGCCCAAUUAAAUAAGUUAUGGACAACGUUUUGAGAAAAGUU